AUGGUCGACUCGGACAAGAAAGGUGCGACCAUUGCUGCCUCGCCCGCAAACGGCGAUGAUUGCACACAGCUACACGAAGAAGAAUCGAAUCGCCAACGCAUCGCUUCCAUCGCCAGCCGCUUCGGCGGUCUUGCAGCACAAGCAUCCUCGCAAGCCGCUCAGAAGGGCGCCGAGACCGCUAUCGAAGCUGGACGCCAAGUCACCAAAACAGCCAAUUCGGCUCGCAAUGCUGCUGCAACUCAGACCGCAGGUCUCCUCCAAGCUAUGGCGCUGUCCACCAAGAAUGCACUUUCCGAUAACGACAAAUCGUCCGGAAAGGCGUGGUACGAAUACGAAUCGCCGCUGCAGGCACGUCGUCGUCUGGCAGAGUACGAGUCGCCACUCCACGCUCGUCGACGUCUGGCAGCAAUUGCGUCUCAGCUAGGAUUGGCCACCUCGUCAGCCAAGCAGGCACCCAGCCUACUGAGUGCUUUAUCGUCUUCGACCCCCCCGCACUCUUCUUCAUCUUCCACCAACAAGCCAGCGAACACCUCCUCAGAGGAGAAAUGGGCUACUGCGACACUACCAGACUACCGUCAGCUUCCAUCGGAAGGCGGAUGGCCUGGGUGUGCAUGGGACGUGUGGGGUCGUGGAGAUCAGUUGGGCACCAUCAAUCUGCUUACCGAGUCCGUGAUUCUUCGGGCAGCCAAGGACGAGAUCAAGGUAGGGCGCACCGUAUCGCUCAACUGGCCCGUUCACCUCCCCGCUGAACCUUUCUUUCGGCGUAAAGCGCUGACGCACAAGCCGUUUGGAAAAGGCGGUGCGGCCUAUACCGACCCUCGCGAUGCCUAUGUCGCCAGCAUUCGAGCCACCAACCCGGACGUGACGGUACGCGAAGACACCAAGGUGCCCGUCAGCGAUGAGAUGCUCGAACUCAAUACGCAGAGCGGCUCGCAAUGGGACGGCUUCCGUCACUUUGGUCACAUGCCGCUCAACGUCUUCUAUGGAGGUGCAUCGCGUGCGAGCAUUCAAGACUCGUUUGACGACCAUUCGCCUCAACCAGCCGAUCCGCAAUGUUGGAACUCGGACGAGGCGAAAAAGCGCAACGCGCUCGGCAUCCAUCAUCUUGCACAGCACGGCAUUUGCGGUCGAGGUGUGUUGCUCGAUGUGUUUGAGUACCUUUCGCAUCACGGAACAGAUCAUGUCAAGCGUGACGACUAUGAAUGGUCGCACUGGUCUGGCUAUGGUGGAGGCCAAGGAUACGAUCCAUGCACAGGUUUCAGGAUCACGGUCGCCGAUCUCAUCGCCACGGCCAAACAUCAAAACGUCAGCUUGCGUCGUGGUGACAUCUUGCUCAUCCGAUCCGGCUUCACGGCGAGGUACUAUUCUCUGAACCCAACCGAACGAGCUGAUUGGUCCAAUCCUGAAGGGGGAAUGGCAUUUGCAGGCGUUGAACAGGGCGAAGAGAUGAAGGAAUUCAUGUGGAACAAUCACUUUGCCGCGGUUGCCGGUGACAGCCCAGCGUUCGAGGCGAGACCUACGAGGCAGGGAGAGUGCAUGCUGCACGAAACGUUUCUGGCGAUGUGGGGGAUGCCUAUCGGCGAGUUGUUCGACUUGGAGGGUUUGGCGCAGACGUGUCGCGAGAUGGGCAGGUGGACUUUCUACUUUACCAGUUGGCCAUUAAACCUGUUCGGUGGUGUGGCGAGUUGUGCUAAUGCUAGUGCGACGUUCUGA